GCCCGUCUUGGCAAGGCCUCAGGCAGCGCCUUGGCUGUGGCUGCCUCGGUCGUGGUCAAGGCAGCCCAAGGCAUACCGCUGGCGCGGACUCUGCUGCGGAGCGCCUUGGAGACCGGUGAGAACCCUCACGAGGCGGCACUGUUGCGCCUGGCCACUGCCUUGCGCGGCGACCUUUCCUGGCGGUGGGUGCUUCAGGUGCUUGAUGAGCUCCAGGCUUACGCGGUGCAGGCACCGGCUAUCCUUUCCAACACCGCAGUUGGUGUCUGUGCAUCUUAUGGUCUUUGGCAGCAGGCCAUUCUGAUCCUCAACACGAUGAGGGAAGGAGCAAGUCGACAUAAGCAGAGAUCCUUUCCAGCGAUCGUUUGCUUCAAUAGUGCGCUAAGCGCCUGCGAACGUGCGGCUAUGCCAGAGCCGGCUAUCAAGCUGCUGAGGGACAUGCUGGAAUGCCGCGCAUCGCCAGAUGUCACAAGUUUCGCUCGUGUGGCUGGAGCCUUCGGUCGUCAGACCGGCUGGGAGAUGGCCGUAGCCCUUUGCCUGGCUGCACGGAAGCGCGGCCUGCAGCCAGAUGAGGCUCUGAAUUUGUAUAGCCAGAUGGAGCACUCCGAUUCGCAAGACUUAGACGAGGACGCCUUCCUCACGGUGUCAAUCACUUUGGAGGUCCUUUUUGUUGCGAAGGUGAUGUGGAAUGUGGUGGCAUACCGCCAUCAACUGCAGGCGGCUGCCUAUCGAAGUGUCAUGGCCUUGUGUCAGAUCUGCCAGAAGGAUGGCAGUGUGACCCCCGCUGAAGAAGCAGCAAUCGCACGGGAAAUCUCAGAGAUGCGCCUGCGAAUGGCGCGCAGGUACGUUCAAGUGCUGGCUGCAACUUCAUUUGCGAUGGUGUUGUCCAUUCAGCGAAACCUGAUCUUAGAUAGUCCGCGGUGGAUGACGGCGCCACUCACGUGGCUUGUGCUCGGCAUUUUUGCUUUGCUGGUCAUCAUUCAGCUUCAUUCCUGCAUGCUGUCAGUGUCCACUCUCAGCUUGUGGUACGUUUUAGGAACAAUCGUCACAGCCGUUGGGUUUUCUCCACUAUUUGUGCCCGCUGAACAGCUGACCAUUUUGUCAGUGGUUGUACUCGUGCUUUUUCGGCUCCCGUUUGCCAUCAUGGCACAGCACCCUCUGCUCACAGUGGCUGGCAAUCUGGUUGUUGCCACUGGCGUGUAUGUGCGCACUACCUUUGACGAUUUUGACAGCACUUUGGGAGCUUGGUUCACCGUGCAAGUGGAGGUAUCCUGCUCGCUGAUGGUCAUCACAAUGUCAUUCAUUUUGCAAGCGGCGUUGCAACAAAUGGCUCAGCAGUUCAUAAAGAGCGUCAAAGCUGCCACCGAGCUUAAUGCCGCAUCGGCCUUAUUGCGCUUAACCUGCGAUGCGGUGGUAGAGCUUGACGCGGACCUGAGGAUCACCGUUUGCUCCAAUGCAGAUGAGCUGGCAAGCAUGUUCCUGCGGGGCAGCUCGGGGUCUGCUCUCGCUGGUGUCAGCUUCACUGACUUCGUGUCAUCCCCUCAAGAGAAACAGCGGGCUGUGGAAAUUCUCAAUAGCCUCCCUGAAGAUAUGGGGUCAGAUGGCUUGGCAGAUACUGCCAACAGCGUUUCCGCCAAGGCCUUCCACACACGGCUGGUUGACAGCUGCAGUAGCAAGUUCCGCACAGAGGUCUUUCAGGUGAGCUACCGCAAAGUAGAUGGAAAGGUCUACCACCUUAUUGGGCUGCGAGACUUCACGGACCAAGCCUGCCUUGCUGGCCAUUGCGCCGUUGACGCCAUGGAAGACCGCACAAGUACUUUUCCUGCGCACUUGCAGGAUGCCUCUGCCCUGCGCAGCUUUUCCCCAAGCGUUUCUGCAACCUGCGCACCUGACCAGGAGGAUGGGCCUGAGCCGCCCUCAAGACUCGUCUUGCUGGAGCUGGAUAUUGCUUUCAUGCAGAUCUAUGCUGCCUCCGCCCCGCUGGGGUAUCUAGCUGGGAAGCAACUCACAGAGAUUUUCUCAAAUGACGUGACGCAUUCAUUCAAGCAGCUGUGGGACGAGGUUUUGACGCUGGAUGAAAGGGGUGAACUGAAUUCAAAAUUGAUGUCAUUCGGUGGUGUCGAGAUGCGCUUCACCUCUAAGAGGACAGUGCAGAUCAAUGGGACCGUGGAGGUAACCAAGACAGCCACAGGUGAGCUGGAAUUCUUCUUAUGCUUCCGCAUGCCACCCUCCUCAAAGGGUCUGAAGAAGCUUUCAAGAAGAUCCUUUCGAGGAUCUGGCAACAGCUCAGGCGGCGCACUCCUCCCGCCAAGUCCAACAUCUUCUCUGUGCUCCCUUUAA